GUAAUUGCGUCACUGCAUCGAUCCUCUUGCAGUUCCGGCGAUGUUGACAAGAUGGCGGUGUAUGCAUCGUUUGUACCGCCACAGACGGGAAGGGAUGGAAAUGGCUAGGAACUGUUCGCAAGCCCUUAUAGGUCUCAAUGUAAUACAUACUCAACUGUGUCCCUAGGGCCGCGACAAAUGACCUCCCAUGCAUAGGUUUGCAUUCGGUGUGGAGACCGAGCGCACAAGAAUUGCCUCGGGCGGGAUUCUUUUAGUGUUGGAUCGCUCAUUUAUCGCGGUAGGCUAUAUAGCAUCACACUAUUCCCAAUAGGAGAGGGGCGAAAAAUGUUGCAAAACAGGGGAAAUUUAUUCCUUUUGAGAACUACCGCUGUGUGCACUGCGUUAACGGUUAAUGUUAUUCAACGAUCACGUAUGACAGAAUUGCUCUUCUCAAAAACAUCUAAAUAUUAUAUUUUAAAACAAAGUCCCCCGCCGCAUUUGCCUGCCUGUCCGAACGCGAAAAACUCAGAAACUAUCCAUUGGAUUUCGAUUAAAUUUGCUAUGAAUAUAGUGUAAAACCCUGUAACAUAGGCUAUUUUCUAUCCCGGGGAAAUAUAUAGUAGGACUUUUAUCCCGGCAAACUUUUACAAGCGUAUGGAGCUGCGAGAAAAAGCUUGUUAUAUUUAAAAAUGCAAUUUUUUGUGAAAAAUAUUAAAUUCAAAUGUCUGUUAAAAGUAAACACUAAAACUGCUAAACAGAUUUGAAUUAUAGAACAUGUCCUACAUCAACAUAAUAUAGGUAAGUUACUUUUAAUCCCGGUAAUUCGCUUUUGUGGAAAAUAUAAAAUUUUUAAAAUUAUAUUUACUUUUGUCACAAAGUUACCGCUCUAUAUAAUGAAUUUAAUCAAAUCAAACUAAAAUUUAGCAAUAAGAAAAUUAUUUCUUAUUGCUAUUUUCUAUUACGAAAUAGAUAGUCUUCUGAAUAUAGAUACGAAAUUCAUACCCAAACACUCCUAAACAGAGGAUUUUUUCUUAGAUAGAACAAAGUUUAUAGAUUUUAGUGAAAACUUACUUCGGGUAAAAUUUAUCACAGAAAAAUAAUUUGCCAAUUAUACAAAGCACUACGUAGUUACCAUGUUACGAAAAUGUUCUUUCGGCAUUUUUACAACGUUCCUCUCGAGAUUUGUCAUUAGUUAUAUGCUAGAAAUAUCAACCUAACAUGAACUAUGCAAUGCUUCAUGCUACAUAUAAUUACAAACCAUAUGGCAGCUGGAACGCUGCAGAACUGUUUUCUUGUGUGUGCGGUUCAUUUGUUUUAUUUUGUUUUCCUUUGUUUUGCAUAAAUUGUGUAACGAAAACUAUUUAAUAUAGAAAGCAAUUAAUUGUGAAUUUAUUUAUAUUAUAAAAAUGUGGGACAAAAUAAUUUAUGUAAUUGUUAUUACAAUAGUGACUUACGUUUUAAAACAACUGUUUUCGGAGACUCCUAAUUUUAUAAAAUUUAAAUCUAAAUUCUUUAUAUUCUACUUAUGGACCUCUUUAACGGCAAUUGUCUUAUUACCAUUUUUUGUGUUUAAUCCUAAGAACGUGAAGAACUCUUUACAAAAAUCUGGUUGUUUCCUGAAGGCACUAGGAAUAAGGAUUUUACAAAACUGUUGCCCUUCAAGAAAGGAGCGUUCAACAUCGCCGUAGCAGCUCAAGUACCCAUUCUACCUGUUGUGUACUCGCCCUACUACUUUAUCAAUAGAAAGAAAUACAUAUUUGAUAAAGGUCAUGUCAUCAUCCAGUGCCUAGAGCCGGUGCCGACGCAGGGCCUGAGCAUGGAGGACGUGCCCGAGCUCAUCGACCGAGUGCGCAACAUGAUGGACUCCGCAUACAAAGAACUUUCGAAAGAAGUGCUGGGCGCCUUACCGCCCUCCUACCCGCUCGCCGCCCUCGACUGACGAGGCGGCCUGCCACACGGCACUACUUACCUAGUCUUAGCGAUAUGGCGACAGACGGCGGAUCAUUUCCUAUCCUUAGUUUCAACUGCAUUUACUAAGCGCAGUAUUUUAUUGAUAUAAUCUUAUGCAAACUUCAUGUCUUUAUUUUUUAAUAUUAUAGGACUUUAUCAAAUUCAAGAACUAUAUCUUGAAAAAUAGUUCUGUAAAUUCUAAAGAUUAAAGAAUUCUCAUAUAAUUCCACUUGAUAUUUUGUGGCAAACUUCAAUAAGGGCAUACAGUUUUAUAAAACAUUCUCUAUACAUUCAAUAACUGGAGCUUCUUAAUAAUAUUUGUGGCGUCGACAUUGAACUUCGCACAAUAUGACAUUGUUUGCAUAAGUAUUAUACCCGCAAAAGAUUACGCCACCAUCCAAAAGUCUGCUUAUUCAUAUUCUUAAUUCCAUUAGCUUUACAUAAUUAGUUAUAUUUAAGUGUACUCUUUGCCAGAAGUCAUUAAAUUUCCUUUUAUUUUGUGUUAAAUUAGACAUGGUGUGUAUAACCUGCAUUGGUGGCCAAUGUCCACCAUUAAAAAUAUUAUAAUUAAUUUAAACUUAUGGGCGGUGAGAGCAACCCAUAUGCUCAUUAACCGACAUAUGCAUUAAAAAAAUCUGUCAAGUAGGAGUUCAUAUGACGUUAUUUGAAAGUGAUUUAUAAUAUACUAACAUAAUCGUACGAUUUAUAGUGACUAGAGAAUAACGAUACUUCAUAAUAGCUACCACCGAGUUAUAUAAUACGAAAAUAAUCGAUGAUGAUCAAUAUUAUGUUUUAUUAUUUACUUCAUAAAUAUAAAAAUCUGACACAUGUAAUUAUAUUUUAAAUUGAACAAUUAAUGAGAUAGUAAGUGCAUUGAGAAAGAUAAACCAAUUUUUUUAUGUCAUUUAUCACAUUUGCUUUUUAUAAACCAGAUCAAACCUCUUAACCUGCGACAUACAAUAAAUGAACUGUUGAAUGAAUAAAAACGUGGGUGCGACAAAAUAUUAAUUUACUUGUAGAUUAAUCACUACUAUCAGACGAUUGUGUCUACGUCAGAUUCACAAAGUAUUUUGGUUCAUUGCAUUAGUAUGCAGUGUUCGCCCAUAUUAAAUAUCAAAAUGCGUGUUGCGCUAUGUACCAGGUCACACUGCCUAGUUUAUUGUAUGCACGUGCGCCGGACUACGCGUUCGGUGCAGAAUAUUAAUUAAUUACGAGGCCAUAUAUUUCAGACUGAUGUACGUCUUAAUGUAUUACUUAACAGUAUUUCGAUUUAUUUUUCAUUUAGCUUACAUUUUAGUUUCGUUAAGGUUCCCAUGUACACUUAAAUUUCGUUUUAAUUAGGAUAAAAAAUAGGUGGAGUAUGGCUACCUCUUAACAGGAAGAUUUCAAAUAGAAUUCUUCAUAUACAAUGGGAAUGUCUCGUCUAUGUAUGAUGUAAGAGGUCCAUGAGUAUAAUUAAUAAAAACAAUCCUGUAUUUGUAAUUUUAUUAGUAUAUGCCAGUUUAGUGAUCAAAUAUAUACUGCAAAUUUUAUUAGGAUAAAUGAGUCUUAUUUUUAUGACUUUAGAGCCAAAUAAGAUUGACAUUUUAAAUAUUAAUGUUACCUAUGAAGAAAUUAACUGAAAGUGCAAUAAUUUGUAAAUUGAAAACUAAAAUAAAAUUAUUGUGUUUCUUGUAUUUGAACGGUAUAUUAUAAAAUUUAUGAUAUUGAUAUUUUAAUCUAUAACAUUAGGUACUCAACUUUAUGCCAUAGAAAGCUUUUUAGUCAUUUAGUUUCAUUCGCCCUUUGGUUGUAGCCGGGGACAUGCUUAUUAGUAUAUUUUUCGUCAUAAUUAAUAAUUAUUUUACAAUUAGAAAUAUAAUAACCGCUUCUACUUUUAUGAGUCUAUUAGUUACUCUUAAUUUAGUUUUAUCAUUUAGAUUAAGAAGUAUUUACACACGCUUAAAAGUGACACAAAAUUGCUCGAAUAUUGUAUUGUCGCCUAGUCAGUUGUAAUAUUUCCUAACAACUAUUAAAAAUGUAUUAUUACUUAUUUUUAAUUGUACACUGUUAAGGCUCGCAGACACGGUCUUAUUUAAGACGGGGAAAAAAUAUACCAACUUUAUAAUCGUAAUUGUAUCGCGCGUCACUAUAUUUUGUAUUUUUCUUAUAUUUUAGACUAUAAUGUAUUCCCCGUCUUAAAAACGUGUGAGCGCGCACUUAAUUAAGGAAAAAUGUGAUUAUGCAUUAUUUACUCUCUGAAUAUUCCUAUUGUCCAAAGUUAUGUUUUAGGAAAAGUCAGGUAGGAAAUUAAAAACUCGUGCUUUGGACGUAUAUGAGCGAUAGAAUCCAAUGUUAAUGUUUCGCGUGCACAAAGUUCUAGUAAAUCCUUUUUUUUAUAAUUUAUAAAUGACAUCAAAUAUUAUGUACUUUGGCCGCCGAGUAGUAGUGUGAUAGUAGUACUGAGCAAACCUAUACUAUACAGCCUCCUCAAAUAUACUGUUCUGAAGCAACAGCUUGUUUUUUAACAAACAAGAACAACAGCUUUAAAAGUGUUAAAUUCAAACAAAACAUUUUUUACUACCACUCUACACUACUUUUUAGUACUGGUGAUAUGGUCCUUGUAGUAUUCUCGCUCAGACCAAUAAACUACACAUAUUCAAAACAAGAACGUGUUAAACACAAUAUAUUUGUGAUUUUAUAAAUAUAACAAGGGAUAACGUUUCAACGAUUUGAUAAUCAAAUCGAAACUACGAGGAACAACUCAAAAUAGAAAAAUGAUAUAAGGAUCGAAUUGUAAAACAGUAAGUUUACACGAGGAUAUUUAUUUCCCUGGCUGGAAAACCAUUUGUUUUUGUAAAAAAUGCAAUAUUCUCUAAGUCUUAUUGUUUUUAAAAAUAGGACCCCACUUCAAGUAUUUUUAACUUCAGUUUGUAAUUUUAAAAUCCUUCAUUCAAGCUUACCUGGACAACACAUCCUACCUACUUAACUGUCACUCCUUAUGUAAACUUUAUAAUAGACAGACAAGACGGCCAGACAAAGACUGUAAUGGUUAUUUUUAGUAAAUGUUAUUGUUCUACACUGUCCAAAAAUUUCAAAAACAUACAAACGACCGUUGACAUUGCGCUAGUGAAACCACAUUCUUGUCUCCUUGAAAUACAAUAAGUUACUCAUUACUAUAGAUGUAAAAUAAAGCUUAAGUUUCGAAGAAAAUAUAUAUCAACAAAACGCAAUUUAAAUUUUACACGCCCUAAUGCCACUACUACUUCAAGAGAAUCCCUCGUUGCAGCAACAACACACUCGCAGUCGAAAAUACUGCGUGUAUAACCACACAACAUAUUCGCACUGAGUUACAAACUGACCAAUAAAUCAGAAAACUAAAACAUGGAUUUUUGGCGAAAACAUGAUUUUGGGCGCAAUGUUAGCAGAGAUAGUUAAAUAUUUGUUUUCAUUCAUUAACGCAACGACAAAUUGAUCCUGUAUAAGUACUUAUAUAUAAUUUUAAAAUCCUGGAUAACUAGCUUAUGAAGGUAUAUAGCCAGUUAUUCGGUUGUAAGAUUAGCAAAGAUGUCGAGGUAUGUAAAAUAAAUUUAAGUUCUUAACUUUUGUCUAGUAAAGACUCAAUUUCUAUCUAAAUUGAGUCAGUUAUUUGAUGUUGGAACUGUAGAGUUAUAAAGUACUUUGUUUUUGUAGUGCCUCAUAUUAUUGGAAAUAUUAACGUGUAUUAGAGGUUUCAACAAAAGGGCCAUUAUUAUGAAAAAUCUAGAUUUCUGUUUUAUUGAGUUUAACGAAUUUACAAUAUUCAUAUUACUUUAUUUGCUUUCUAAAGUAUAUUUGAUUGAGGUGUCCCAACUUACUUUUAAGUUACAGUUUACAGUUAUUUUUAAGAACAAAAAUUUCGAUUCUAUUGUUUGACCACAACUUACAUAAACAUUUUUUUUCGUGACUCAGCUUUGUAUAUUUAAAUGUUUACACAUAAUGUAUGAGCCAUAUAAGAUGUUGUAUUAAGAACCAAUAGGGCUCAAAAAUAAUCUAGUUUAUUUAAGAUUGUAUUUCGCAUUAUUUAACAAUUUCAUAUAGAAUACACAAUGUAAUAUAAUGAAGAAAGAAUUUUCUUACAGCAAUGUAUAAAUCGAAUGAGAUGAAAUGUUUUCACGCUCAAUUUUGUUAUUCUAUUUAUCUUCACUUAUUUGGUACCAAAUCGAUAUUUUUGGAUUUAUCUAUUUGUGGUAUGUUUAGUCACAAAUAUAAUAAAUUUACUAGACGAU